AUGGCCUUCUUCAUUGCUAGCUCCAUUCUCAUCACGUUUCUUGGCCUGUUCCUCUACGCCGUCCUGUUCAUUGGCCACCGGGGACGUCCACCAACACUUCCCUUCAUCGGAAACAUUCACCAAAUUCCUACAAAAGGAGCGCAUUUCAAAUUCACAGAAUGGGCUCGCCAAUACGGUGGCAUAUUUUCAUUGAAGAUUGGAACAGGAACCAUAAUAGUUCUGACGGACCGCCGUCUCGUCCGUGAGCUUCUGGACAAGAAAAGCGCCGUCUACAGUGACCGUCCGACCUCAUACAUUAUACAGAAGCUCGUCACAAGAGGAGAUUACUUGCUCACCAUGCCUUACGAUUCGGAAUGGCGAAAAAUGCGGAAACUAAUCCAUCAGGAGUUUAUGGAAUCAAUGUGCGAGAAAGAGCACAUCGUGCUCCAAAAUGCAGAGGCUGUCCAGAUGAUGCGCGACUUUGUGACCGAACCUGAGAACUAUUUGCUCCACCCGAAGAGAUUCAGCAACAGCGUCAUCAUGAGUAUCCUGUACGGUCUGCGGACGCCAACUGUUCGUACACCUCACAUGCAUAGGCUCUAUGAUGCAAUGGAGCACUUCUCGCACGUCAUGGAAACAGGCGCGAUGCCUCCGAUUGAUAUCUAUCCGUUCUUAAAGUUUGUGCCUCAGCGGCUUCUUGGGAACUGGGUUUCACGAGCUAAUGAGACUCACCAAAAGAUGCACCAACUGUACAUUGAUUUGCUCGCUGUGGUGAAGCAAAGAAGACAGAAGCAAGGCGGCAAAAGCUCUUUGAUGGAUCGCGUGCUUGAUAAGGAAGAGAAACUUAAUCUCAGCAAUCAUCAAAUCUUGCUUUUGGGCGGUGUUGCGCUGGACGGUGGAUCCGAUACAUCUGCAACUGCUCUCCUCAACUUUAUCAAAGCUAUGACCUGUUAUCCCGAUGUCCAGAAAGAGGCACGCAAAGAGAUUGACGGAUUGAUGGAUGAUAGUCGCUCUCCCCUUUGGUCCGACUAUAAAAGCCUACCCUAUGUCGGUGCAGUCGUCAAGGAAACCAUGAGAUGGCGGCCAGUUGGUGGACUCAUACCUCAUGCGACAUCACACGAUGACUGGGUCGAUGGCAAAUUUGUGCCAAAAGGCAGUAUUGUCCUUCUGAACGCAUGGGGCUUGCACCAGGACGAGACGAAGUUUCCUGAACCAGACAAGUUUAGUCCCGCAAGAUAUACCGGACGUACACUCCUUGCUCCAGAAUACGCCGCAUCGCCCGAUUACAACUCCCGUGAUCACUACAUAUAUGGCGCUGGUCGGAGACUCUGUCCAGGCAUCCAUCUUGCCGAGCGCAAUCUCUUCCUUGGCAUGGCAAAGCUGUUGUGGGCUUUCUCAUUUGAGAAGCAGAUUGACGAAGCCGGUCGAGUCAUGGAGCCAGACACCAAUUACGCUACGGGAUGGAGUGAAGGCUUGAUCACUUGCACCAAGGACUUUCCUUGCAAAGUAGUUCCCCGGUCCGCUGAGAGGGUCCAAACCAUCAUGAGAGAGUUUGCUCAGGCAGAAGCUGAAGUUUUCUCAAAGUACGACUAA